AUAAAACACGUACAAAAGAAAAAAGACAACACAUAGUAUCAAAACUUCACUAUUUCAAAUCAUCAUCAAGUUCAAUAUAUCAAUCAUGACCAAGGCAACUGAAGCUUUAUUAACUGUGUUUGCAUUAUCAGCAGUCUACUUUGCCUUAUUGACUGGUGUUAUUCCAUCCACCGAAUUAAUUUAUAAUGAAAUAUUACCAUAUUUACCAUGGUGGGGUUUAGUUAGCUUUGGAUCUUAUGCAUUAGCAACUUUAGGUUGGGGAGUGUUAACUUUUAAAGAUAAAGAAGCUAAAUAUAAAGAAUUAUUAGGUCAAAUAGAUGAAGCUAAGGCUUUCUAUAAAACCAAAGGUCUCAAUUUAGAUUAAAUUGGGAAGUUUGUGUGUGUACUAUAGUUUUUAAAUAUAAGUUUAUGGAAACAAAUAUACAAAGUCAAUUCUAUAAUUUCAAUGAUA